AUGCCAGUAAAGGCAGUGCAGACUUGGGAAGUCAUCGGCGGUGCAAUUUCCGGUGGCCUGCUGGUGCGCACUGGCAAAGGCCUAGGUUCUGGCCGUGAGCCGCAGCGCUUGCGGACAGGCUCUGUUAUUGAGGAGGUGGAGCUCGAUGGCGACCGACUUCACUACAAGCUGUUGGAGGGUGCUGGUCCAGUGCGCGGCUGGGUCAGCACAAAACUGAACGACAGGGAGCUGCUCCAGCGCUGCACUUCCACUUCUGAUGGGAGAAGAGCAAGUGGAAACUCCACCAAGGAGAAGCUGCAGACUGCGGCCAAAAUGCAGGUUACGCAAAUGGAUGUGCUUGCAGUCGCCUUGAACGUGGCGUCGCUGGUGCAGACGGGGCCGCACUUCAAAGUGACAAAGGUUUGUGGUGAAAGCUUGCUGGAGAUUGCCCCGAGUGACAAAAGCGUGAGUUUCGACGACUUCUGGCCGCCCGACUGUUCCUUGACAGCUGACCGCCGUCACUACCUGUACUGGGCAAUCGUCUGCAGUUCGUCUUGCGACACGUGGACGUUGGCUUUGGCGAUGCACUUCAAGGAGCUGUCCGAUUAUGGUGUCAUCAUUACACACGACUCCCGACCUGUCGUCAACUUCGUGGUGCUUCACACCCCAAGCAUGGACGUCGGAGACCUGCUUCCCACUUCCGUGGAGCUUCUCGAGCCCAUCUCUGGAGCUCGCGUCUCCAUGUUUAGCACUCCUGCAUCCCAGCUCGCCUUGAAAACUCUUGGGCCUGAAGUUCAACAAAGACUUGGUUGGGGGGUCUCGUCCAUGUUUAAUGAUGAGCUUCGCAGCACCUUCGCCGAGCGAUUUGGAGAAAGGAGCUUGUCGCAGACGGUACCUCAUUGGUGGAUCGCAGCGGUUGUUCAAGGUGACUAUGGUCUUUACAUGGUUCACAUUGACUUGUGCGGACCUGCCUACGGCACCUUCUGCCGCAGUACCAGUGCAAUGAAGUCCUUGCCAAAUGGCAAGGAAUUGCCACUGGAUUAUUUCAUCACGCCCUACUACGUGAUGACCCCAUUUCAGUCACAUCAGCUCUUCUUUGUCCACCCCGAGUCCAUGAACUACGCACCUGCCGAUGCCAAAUUCACCGCACUGCAUCAGAUCCGGCACCUGCGUUGCUUUUACCAUGGCCACAGCAGCUAUAUAACGGCGACUCCGUUGCCAAGCUUUGUGGACGAUGAGAAGCUUAACAGUUCCUGGCUGCGGCUUCGGUCACCCACCGAAGAAGGCAUUGACACGGUGCAUUCGUGGAAGGAGGGGCUGCAGUCGGUUGCAUGCUUCUUACGGGCCGAGAUCUUCAAAGCUCUGGAACCGGGCACAUGCAUCGAAGUUGACUCAACAUGCAAAAGCGCUGAUUGCGCAGGCAAGCUGGGGAAAGUCUUACUUGCAGCGGAGCGAAGCGCCGAAAGCGCAGACCUUCUGAUUCAGCUCGAUGGCGUGGCUGAACCUGUUCGGAUUGAGUCUCUGGCGCUGAAGAUCUUUCCAAGGUACGUCCAGUACCUGACGUUAGUCGAAAUGUCGGAAUUGGUGAAUUUCCAGCUGGCCCUCCUCGACCCACAAUUCAGGCUUGCUUGCAAGCAGCAGCUACCGCCGAUGCCGAGUGAGUUGAUUGGCUACUUGCGCAGAGAGCAUUGGUGA